UUUGCGCAGAUUGUAAAACAUUUGACAUUUAACAUUGUGCCAUCUUCCUUCAAACAAAGGAGAAACAGAAACUGACAUGAAAUUAUCCUUGCCAAUCGAAAAUGACCACCUGUUUGAAAGCAGUUUGUUUGUGUCAAAAUUGCUAAGUGUUAAUCUAAAAUGGAGCUAGAAUUACAUCGUGUGGAUUACAACAUAGUAGGAAUCACUUCAAAGUCAUGCAUGAAAUUGUUACCACACACAAAAACCGGAGAGCAACAAAAGGUGGUAAUAGCAGAUAAUGAAGGAAUUUUACAAGUGUUCUCGGUAAAAAAAGAGGAUAUCCAAUUACAAUUUAAAACACUUCCUGGUCACAAAAUUACAUCGGUGCAAUUAAGUGGAGAACCUGGUACAGUGUGCGAUAAAAUUUUCGCAUCUUCAGAAAAUGAGGUUCGUGGGUUUACAAGGAAAGGAAAAUUGUUUCUAAGCUUCGACUCAAAUAUGACCGAGCCAAUUACAUCGAUGUAUGUCCUUGGAAAUGACCUGUUUCUGUGUGGCAAACACACGUAUAAUCACUACAAAGACUGUAAAGAUAUUGGUUCAUAUUUAUGUGGAGAUUGCAUUGUCGAUGUAAUUGCGUUACACACGAAUAAAUCUCACAGGCUAGUUGCAUUGAUAGCUUGCGAAGGAAGAAUGAUACGUGCGUUGGAGCACGCAAGGGUUACCUUAAGUAUGGAAGUAGAAAGUUCGCCCACAGUUUUGCACGUUUAUGACGAUAACGACAUCAGAUCGGUUCUCUUUGGUACAAUAGAUGGACGAAUUGGACUGCUGGACAUUGAAAAGACUCAAUCAUUUAGUAAAUGGAUUAUUCAGGAUAAUCAAUAUACAAGUGCGAUAUCGUGCAUGGACAGCUACAAAAUGGUUCAAAUUGAGCAUAAAAAUGUAAUUGUCGGUCGACAAGAUGGCAAUAUUGAAGUGUACGCAAUAGAUUUGAGUGACAAAGAAGCAUCAGUAUUGCUGUAUACUACGAAUUGCAACGAAAGUGUAACCUCGCUUUGUUGCGGCAUUAUUGGCGAGGCCAAUUACGAUGAGAUUCUUGUAGCGACAUACACGGGAAGAAUUUUUGGACUUACAACUCAAUCUGUAGAGCGUAACCUUAAUACAGAUUCAAAGAAUUAUUAUUUUACAACCGAAUCUGUCCAGAGAAUCAGUAAACUUAAGAAUGAAAUUGAAGAAUUACAAAUAAAAGUCACUAAGGAACGUGAAAAAUAUCAAGCAUCCACCCAUUCAUACAUGGAGGAAAUGUCCGCAAUUCCACUGUUAUCUAUUAAAGAUUCUAUGGUGCAGUCGAAACAAGACGCUUCUUACGUUCUCACCCUAGAAGUUCCCACAGCAAUCGACAAUGUUCUGUUACAAAGUAACGUUCCUGUGGACUUGCUUGAUGUGGAAAAGAAUUCUGCAGUUGUUAGCUUUAGUGAAGCGGAACCACAUAAUGGGAAUUUUCUAUUGGCUACUUAUCGCUGUCAAAUUAACACGAAUAGGUUGGAGUUAAAAAUUAGAACAAUUGAAGGGCAGUAUGGCACCUUGCAAGCUUAUGUGACCCCAAUCAUUCAGCCGAAGUGUUGUCAAGUUCGCCUUUUCGAAAUUAAACCCUUAUCAAUGCAUUUUAGAGUGCAUUCAAUUGAAAAGAAGAGGCCUUUUAAUUUGUUAACAAUAAAAGGUCCGUUCAGUUUGGCGGAGAUACAUUCAUGGGUCUUUCAGUGUGUACCUGAAGUUCCAGAAAAACCUCAAUUUAUUGAUGCGACAGUUUUGUUUUUUGAAUCUACAUUUCUAGGAACUCAUCUCGAGUGCAACUUUCAAAAAGGCGAGGCUAAGUUUGCAUCUGAUAACAUUUCAACGAUUUCGAUUAUUAGGGAGUUUUUGACCAAGGAAGCAACGAAAAAGAAAAUAAAAAUUGAUAUUAAUGUGGUUAUCAAUGACGACAGUAUUAAUCACAUAUUAAAACUGAUCGAUCCAAAACUACAAUCCCACGCGAAAUUGUCUAAAGAAAUAUCUCUGCUUGACGCACUACACGAAUUGGGCGUAAACGACACGGAAACUAUAAAAGCGUUAUCAACUGAGUACCAAAACUUACUGGAGAAAGACAAGGAGUUGAGGGCUGAGUUCAGCAAUCAACCGGCCUACUUAGACCGCCUCUAUGGAAUCACCACGGAUUUGUAUAUAGAUUAUUACAAAUUCAAAGGUACGAGCGUUAAGUCGAAAAUUCCCAAGUUGUUGACAAUUUUGGAUAAUUAUAACUAUAAAAAUUUGUUGCUCUUUUUUCGGCCCGAGUUUGAAACUUCAGAUUCAAUAUAGUUUUCAUACCCCACAACCAUGGUGGUAUUUGUUUUUGAUAUGUUAACGUUUACUGUAUUAAAAAAAAACUAUUAAAUUAAACAUUUCAACUUUUUGUUCUUGUCUUUUGGCCUUUUAAAAAUAAAUAAAAUAACC